AAAAACGUGGGGUACCUAAUCAACCUUAACUUCGCAUCCGUCAGCUUCCCCCAGACUUGACUAACCAACCCUGUUUCAACGAGUAUCUGUGACUCACCAGCGAUCUGCCUACUAAUACGAGGCCGUGCAAGAUCCUAAUUACGCUCGCACGCUCAACGUUAGCGACGACUCACAAGACUCGUUACUGUUCAAGUGAACUUGUUGUUCGUCAUCGUCAAACAUGGUAGCCCUUCCCAAGGGUGACUCACCCACUAUCGCUCUCGUCCACCCCACCGAGGAAGAGCAAUUGAUCCAAUCCAAACUCAAUGGCGCAGAAUGGCGGGGUGCCCUCCCGCUGUCGGCAUAUCUCCGCCGUGAGACUACUCUUUCGCAGCAGGCCUUAACUAAGGAUGGAGGCAUCACUUACUGGAUCUUGGUCGACACAGCCCUGGGUAACAACCCUCUCGACCCUGAAUCAGGGACGAGGCUUCCGCUCGCCAGCUGCGAGACAUACCGUAAAAAGGCUCUCGUCUGGCGAGAUGGCAAGCUGCAAGAGAUUGUUUCCCAUGGAAUUGGUAGCGUCUUCUGCGGACACCAUCUGCGGAAAAGAGGAUACGCGCAGAGGUUGAUGGCUGAGGUCGGAAAGGCAUUGCGGACACAUCAGACAGAUGACAAAGAGUGCUUGUUCACGAUAUUGUAUUCCGACAUCGGCAAGAAAUUCUAUGCUGACGCUGGCUGGGAGCCAUUCCGCUCGUCUCACAUCGCACUCUCACCAAACUCUGCUACACCUUCAGCGACACUUCCCACUCCGCGACCGUUGUACGCGGAUGACCUCCCGGAGCUGUGUAGGAUCGAUGAAGAACUCAUCAGACGUAGCUUGGAGUCACGCGCAACAGGCAGCAAGACUGCGGUAGCACUAAUUCCUGAUGUUGAGACUAUACAAUGGCAUCAUGCGCGAGAGGAGUUCGUCGGUCAGGAAGUUCAUGGCAAGGUGCCCAAGAUCAAGGGUGCUAUUGUGGGUGACGCGGUUGGCAAGCGUGUUUGGUGCUACUGGACACGCGUGUGGUACAACGAGGACGUGUCAAUCGUCAAAGGCAACACCAUGCACAUCCUACGCCUUGUAGUCGAGGACGAUGUAUUGGGCAGCAAGAACGUGGGCGAGGGUGACGGGUACGACACGGCCAUCGCGGCUCUGCUUGCAUUCGCGCAACGUGAGGCAGAAGAGUGGAAGACGGAGCAUGUGGAGGUUUGGAAUCCUUCAGCGGCAGCGGUAGCCGGAGCUCAAAUAUUGGACAAGAACGCAAAGGUGAUCGACAGAGAUACAGAGAGCAUCGCUAGCUUGUUGUGGUACCCGGAACACGAGGGUAUAGCAGCAGAUCAUGUCGACUGGAUCAGUAAUGAGAAAUAUGCGUGGUGUUAAGAAAAUGCAAGGCGCAUUGCAUAGAAGAUCCCCGGUCACUGUAUCAUGCAAGCGUAGCUGGCUGCAGGCUGCAGGCGAAAGAUUUCUUCCUCGAACAACUAGCAAGCCAGAAGUAUCAAUGAACAAGUGAAGGC